AUCUUUUAAUAUUUUAUUCUUUUAGAUUAGAUACGCUGUUAUAUAACUAUCAAAUAUAGCCAGCCAAUUAGGUAAAGAAAUGAUUGAAGGUGAAAGAAAAAGUAUAUGAGAAUAACAAAGAGACCAUAUGUUGACAUUUUUUAAGUCAUUGCAAAGACUUCAUUUUUCUGUAGAGAGAAAAAAAGAAAGAGAGAGAGAGAGAAAUAGAGAGAUCUUAAUCUUAUCUGGGAUCUCUCUUACAUGUAGCUUCUUCUGAUUGAUUAGCAGAAGUGUACUUGUUUUUUCAUAUGUUUUUUUUUGGGGGUUGUGGAUAUGAUGUUUUUGUUUUGAGGUUUCUUGAUCAGUGACAGCACAAAGGUUGUUGCUCCUUAAAUUAUUAUUUUGAUUUCUGGGUCUUUAAAGGGAGUUUCAGUUGAACAGAGAGAAUUCUCAUUAGCAGAAAAUUAGCAGAAAUUUUUGAGGAAUGGGAACUAAAUUACAAUGCAAGAGAUAUUUGCCAGGAUUUUGCUCCAUGAGUGAUCUAAAUAGCAACGGAACUAACAUCCCAUGGCUCGUAAAUCAUGAAAAUAAGUCAAGGAAAAGAAAUCAGUGCACUGACUCAGUUUUGUCGCUGCAACUGGUUGAUGGAUAUUUUGAAUGUGACAAAGAAAAAGUGAGGCAGACAAUUUUGAAGCAUGAGAAAGUUUUCAGGCAUCAGCUCCAAGAACUCCACCGGCUUUAUAGAAGGCAAAGGGAUCUAAUGAAUGAACUUCAAAGGAAAGAAAUGCUUAAUCAUCCAAUGAAGACAUUCCAGUCAAUUCCUUCAUUGUCUCAUUUUCCUUCAUUGGAUUCUAUAGCUGGUCAGCUAUCAACCACAAACACUGCUAAGAAUCAAUCUUCUUUUGAUUUUAUGGAGAGCAAUAGUAGGUCCAGUAGCAGUUUGUUCCAGAGGAAAAUGUUUGAUUCUAGAUUCGUAGUUGAGGGGUGCAUGAAUAACGAAGAAGAACACCCUACUCGGAAACAAUGGGGAGUACCCUGCAUUCAAGGGAACCCUGUUGAGGGAAUUUAUCAGAUGCCCCUAAGUGGAGAUGCAAAGAUGCCUUUUGCCAGCACUUUGGAAUUUCAUUCUGAUGUUGAUCUUGACAGAGCCAAUUCCUUAAAAGGAACUGAUGAACUAGCUGACUUGAAUAAACCUUUACCACUUGAAGAAGCUUCUCCGUUGGUGCCGGAUGUCAAUAUAAGUAGCAUUACUUGCCUCGAGGAUGACAUCUAUGACGGGGGAAAAUUCUCUCCAGAGUCACUCAAGGAAAGGAUUCGUGGAAUUUGCCUCAACCACCCACCUCCCAGGAAUGGAGAAGAGCAGUUAACUUUUAAAUUAAAUGCUGAGAAAAAGCAACCUGAUAACGAAUCUUCUGGAAGACUUGAAACUGCUGAAAUUUUACCUAAAGGUAUUCAGUCAUCGCAAGGUCAUGAACUUUUCAGGCACUCUAUCUUUAAGGAAACCAAGACUGAACCCCAGGGGAAGAAAACAAUUUUUGGUGUAGAAAUUCAUGAAAAUCAAAUGCAAUCUGCUAGCUGUUCCAAUGUGCAGACUUCCACUCAUAAAUCUCGACCACUUUCUCAGAGUUAUACUGAACUUCUGCGGAACGUUGAGUCUUAUCAAAGCAACAUGCAUAUGAGGAUUGACAGGGAAACUUCCUGUGUAUCUCGAACUGAAGCGGCUGGAAAAGCGCCUGUAUAUGGAGAUUGUCAAAGGAAGCAGGAAAACUCCCGGGAGACAUUGCCUUGGUUAGUGGUGAAAACACAGAAAAGUGUAGAGCAGACUAAAGGGAGGGAAAAUUGUUAUCACUUAAAUCUGGACUCCUUGCGGAAUAAUUCUCAGCAGUUUUUUAGAAGAGAAGACACAACAGUCAAUUCCUCUCAAAUUAUAGGUCAGAGGCAGGGAACCAUGUCGUUGAGAUCCACCAAAGACUCUGUUAGUGACAGCACUAAAAUAAGGACAAUUUUUGGUGUUCCAAUUUUCAGUGCCCCCACGGACUCACAUGCAGCAAGUGGGCUCUCAAACACCCAUUUUCCUAAUGCUAACAAUGUUACUGCCCCGAAAAUUUCAGGAGACGAGAUUGUUUGUAGAAGUCAGGUGGAAGCCAAGGAUUUUCUUCAAGAAAAGGGACUAAAUGGUUGCAUUUCUAGUCUAAGGCAUCAGAUUGAUUUGAACUUGUCGUUAGAUGAAGAAGAGGCUCCAUCAGCACCUGCUCUUCCUCGGGUUGUGCUGAGGAUUGCGACCACUGAGAUAGAUUUAGAGGCUCCAGCAAUUCUUGAAUUUGAAGCGGAAUGUGGGGAAUCUAAACAUACAUUAGAAGAAUCUAAUAAACCGAAUGAAGAAGCCAUGAGUCUUGCUGCUGAGUCUAUAAUUUCCAUCUCAAUGUCUGGUGCAAACGGAGAAAUGAAUGAUGCGUUGCAAACUGAAACUAGCGACUGCCUCAAAUGGUUUGCUGAGUUGGUCUCCUCUCACUGUUGUGUUCAACAAGAAUCCAUUGCUAGAGCGAUCUGUUCGGGUACAGCGUGCGACUUUGAUGAGGAAUCCAUUCCCGAUGGCUUUGAUUACUUUGAGUUUAUGACACUGAAGCUGGAAGAUAUGAAGGAAGAAGAGUAUUCCUAUAAAAUACCAACACUGGAGAGCCAUAACGACGAAGAAACAGUGGCCGUUACCUUACCAAAAUGGGCUCGAAGAGGGCAAGCAAAAAGGGGAAGACAACGAAAAGAUUUUCAGAGGGACGUUCUUCCUGGUCUUAUUUCCCUGUCUAGGUAUGAGGUGAACAAGGAUAUUUUAAAAUUCGAAGAACUGUUUAAGGCCAGUGGAUCCUCUUGGCAGUCUAGCUCGUCACAUAGGAAAACCGGUAAGAGGGGCAGGGGAAGGAAGCGUUUAGCAAAUGCCGAUCCCUCCCCAACAAUUCCUGCAGAUUGCACACCUCUAGUAAUCCAGCCUUGUUCUGGUGAAAUGGGGCUUGAGGAAAAAAGCCUAACAGGUUGGGGAAAGAGAACGAGGCGCUUGCCAAGGCAGAGAUAUCUAAACGGCAAUCUUGCUCUUCCUCUGAAGCAAUGUUAAUGUGUGGAUUAGGCGCACAUCAUAGUUCAAGCCUUGUUGCAUACAAAAGCCUUUUAUUUAAGUGGAAAAGAGUUUUGAUUCUCAAUGCUGUGCUAGGCGGCCCUCGGGAUUCUUCAGUUAUCAAAAGAUUAUGUUG